GCAGUGAACCUGGUGGUAAUUGGUCCUCCUGACCCACAGGGGGCGGUAGUGAACCAGGUGGUAAUUGGCCCUGGAGGAGGAAGGGGACGGUGGUGGGCCCGGCGUAAGGAGCGAUCGGCUCCAGUUCCAGCUCGGGGCUAGAGAAAGAGAGCGCAGCCAUGGAUGAAUACAAAACACAGAUACAAGCACGUAGCAUUGAUGAAACUGUGCAAGAGGAGAAAGAAGAUGAAGGGUAUGGAUGGUGUGCCUGGAUGCUCAUCAUCGGCUCGGUAAUGUUAAUCCUCGCAACCUUCCCCAUCUCCAUCUGGUUCUGCCUUAAGACUGUCCAGGAAUACGAGAGGGCUGUGAUAUUCCGACUCGGCAAACUCCUUCGUGGGGGGGCCAAAGGACCAGGUCUUAUAUGGUUCAUUCCUUACACUGAUAGCUUCUCUCUUGUUGACUUGCGGACAGUGUCAUUCUCUGUACCACCUCAAGAGGUGCUGUCGAAGGACUCUGUGACGGUGAUGGUGGACGCUAUAGUGUACUACCGCAUCUUUGAUCCGGUGCGUUCGGUGGUCAAAGUGAAGAACGUGGCCAGUGUGACUCACCUCCUGGCCCAGACCACACUGCGCAACAUCCUGGGCACCCGCAACCUGUCCGACAUCAUCUCGGAUCGCAUGAACAUGGCUCAGCAGAUGGAGGGCCUCCUGUUCGAAGCGUCGCAGGUUUGGGGCGUCAAGGUGGAGCGCGUGGAGUUCAAGGAUGUGCGGCUGCCAUCGGGCCUGCAGAGAAUGAUGGCGGCAGAGGCAGAGGCCGUGAGGGAAGCCAAGGCCAAGGUGAUCGCUGCUGAGGGUGAGUUGAAUGCGUCGCAUGCGCUGAGGGAUGCGGCCGCCGUGAUGAAGAGGCACCCGACGGCCCUGCAGCUGCGGUACCUGCAGACGCUGACCGAGGUGGCGUCCGAACACAACUCCACCAUCUUCUUCCCCGUGCCCAUCAACCUGAUGAGCGGCUUCGUGAGGAAGUGA